UUGGCGAGCGGUGAUGUAUCACAGCGAGCAAGUGAGGGCGGUUACGGGUAUCUACGGGAGUGGAUGUGGUGGAUGGGCGUGAUUACAAUGGGUGUUGGUGAGGCAUGCAAUUUUGCGGCGUACGCAUUUGCGCCAGCCAGCUUGGUUACUCCGUUAGGUGCACUCUCCGUUCUAGUCACUGCCGUGUUGUCAUCACGACUUCUAAAGGAGAGGCUGAAUUUACUAGGAAAAAUCGGUUGCGCUGUAUGCUUACUCGGUUCAACAGUAAUUGUAAUUCACUCACCAAAAGAGGAAGAAGUAGCAUCUAUGGCAGAUCUUGCACUGAAAAUGAAAGAUGCAGUGUUCAUAUUAUACGUUGUUGCUGUCAUAGUGGUAACUUUGUUCAUUGUCGUAUACGUUGCUCCUCGUUAUGGUAGAUCGAAUAUUAUUGUCUAUAUAAGCGUCUGUUCAUUAAUUGGAUCGCUAUCGGUACUUUCUGUUAAGGGUCUUGGCUUGGCUAUAAAGGAGACGAUAUCUGGCAAUCAACAACUUACAAACGUACUCACUUAUUUCUGGUUGGGGUCCGUGGCUGCCUGUGUUUCUGUGCAAUUGGUUUACCUUAAUAAGGCGCUCGAUAUGUUCAACACAUCGAUGGUGACGCCAAUCUAUUACGUGUUUUUUACCACAUUUGUGAUCUUAGCAUCUUCUAUAUUGUAUAAGGAGUGGUCUUGCCUGGGUGCCUCAGAUAUACUAGGAAACGUUAUCGGUUUCUUAACGACAAUCAUUGGUAUAUUCCAGAUGCAGCUGUUUCGCGAUGUUAACAUCAGCCUACGUCAAGUACGUGUGCUGCUUCAUCGACCGUCAGCCUCCUUGGCCAGCCUUGAUCUCUCCUCGAAUUCCGCCACGAACCUCGUUGACGACUUCAAUGUUGUCUCGUCAUCAUCGUCCAAUGGUUCCGUCCGACAUACGGCGUACACGUGA